UUUCUGACAUUGCAAAUUUUCAGGUUCGGCUUUUGUGUGAAAAUUGAAAAUAAAAACAAAAAGAAACAAAACACGAUAAUCAUUCUUGUUUCUUAAACAUUUGCAUUUAUUUGUUUAAAACAAUAAGAACAUUUUACUUAAAAAAAAAUGCCUGACUACUUGGGAACCGAUCAACGUCGUGUUAAAGGCGAAGAAACAGAAGAAAAAGAAAUCAAGUCCCUGGACGAAGGGGACAUAGCAUUGCUAAAGACCUAUGGCCAAAGUCAAUACCACAAGGCAAUCAAGACAAUCGAAGAAGACAUUGUCAAAGCCAUCAAGCAGGUCAACGAACUGACUGGAAUCAAAGAAAGUGACACAGGACUGGCUCCUCCGGCAUUGUGGGACUUAGCAGCCGAUAAACAAACUCUACAGAAUGAGCAACCCCUUCAAGUGGCUCGCUGCACCAAGAUCAUCAACGCCGACUCAGAUGACCCAAAGUACAUUAUAAAUGUAAAGCAAUUUGCCAAGUUUGUUGUGGAUUUGGCCGAUUCGGUGGCUCCCACUGACAUCGAAGAAGGAAUGCGUGUUGGAGUUGACCGCAACAAGUACCAAAUUCACAUUCCAUUGCCCCCAAAAAUCGAUCCCACUGUUACCAUGAUGCAGGUAGAAGAUAAGCCCGAUGUAACGUAUAGUGAUGUUGGAGGUUGCAAGGAACAAAUCGAAAAGCUGCGAGAAGUUGUCGAAACUCCAUUACUCCACCCCGAGAAGUUUGUUAAUCUUGGAAUUGAACCACCAAAGGGGGUUCUUCUAUUCGGGCCUCCUGGAACAGGAAAAACUCUUUGCGCUCGUGCUGUGGCCAAUCGUACAGAUGCUUGUUUUAUCCGGGUCAUUGGCUCCGAGUUGGUCCAGAAGUAUGUGGGUGAAGGAGCUCGCAUGGUGCGAGAGCUUUUCGAAAUGGCCAGAUCAAAGAAGGCCUGUUUGAUCUUUUUCGAUGAAAUCGAUGCCAUCGGAGGAGCACGUUUCGAUGACGGAGCUGGCGGCGAUAACGAAGUCCAGAGAACUAUGCUGGAACUCAUCAAUCAGUUGGAUGGAUUUGAUCCUAGAGGAAAUAUCAAGGUCCUAAUGGCAACCAACAGACCGGAUACCCUCGACCCUGCACUCAUGCGACCCGGUCGUCUGGAUCGUAAGGUAGAAUUCGGGCUGCCCGAUUUGGAAGGUCGAACUCAUAUAUUUAGGAUUCAUGCUCGAUCGAUGUCGGUGGAGCGUGACAUUCGUUUCGAAUUGCUCGCACGAUUGUGUCCCAAUUCGACUGGAGCUGAAAUCAGGUCAGUUUGCACAGAGGCUGGCAUGUUCGCUAUUCGCGCUCGACGAAAGGUUGCCACUGAGAAGGACUUCUUGGAGGCGGUUAAUAAGGUUAUCAAGAGCUAUGCCAAGUUCAGUGCAACUCCCAGAUAUAUGACCUAUAAUUAGAUUUUUGAUGGUAUUGUCAUUUUGCUUAUUUAUUUCAAAACGAAAUUGCUUCAUUCUGAGUUAGAAAAAUAAAUACAGUAUUUUCAAUAUUAAAAAGGAAAUUAGUAAAAUAAUUUAAUAUUAAA